UGGAAGGUGUGUUCCUGGAAGUGGAGGUAGAAUUAACUGGUCUUUAAGCCCCUUUCCAAGCCAAACCGUUCCAUAAUUCUGUGGAAGUUAUGCUGACUUCGUAUUCACCAGAGGUGACUGCAAAGCCAUGGUAUUGUCUAUUUUGCCAGCAGACUAAGUAACUCUGCAGUGAAGGAAAGGUGCAGGAGAUGUCUGGUGGUCUCUGAGUUAGAAGACAGCUAGCCAUAAUUUUGAAUGGUGGAUGCUAAUUAUAAAAGUGAGGGGUUAAUGAUUGACUUUUGAGGGAUGAGUACUCCCAUGAUAAUUCAAAAAACAAUGUAGGUGAGAAUGAAAGUUUUGGCUUCAAGCCUGUAACUUUGUCCACCAGCUGUACUGCACAGUGUUUAGGAUGUACAUGCAUUCACUAUGAUCACAAAAAGGGCUGGUAUUCAUAGAAAAAAGCACUGCCUCUUGCCAUUCUCUGUGAAUUUCUUUAACAGAUGACCAGUGAAAAGCUAGUGUAAUAUGUGCUCUGACGACAUCAGGUGGGAAGAUAACAUCUUUUAACUUUAUUUGCUGUGACUGGAGAAAAAUGAGAGAGUGAGCUAGUAGCAUGAAACGCCUUCAUAUUUAAUUUAAAAGCCUGCAAAUUUUAGGCAGAGCUGAAAAGUAGGAUCCAGUGAGGUGGCUGGUGUUCUGGAGUAGAACUUCAGCAGAGUGUCAAACCCAGGGCUGGUCAGCAUGACAGCGGAUGCUAAGAUGCUUUUAUUGGAUUGGCGGUGUGGGUGUGUGUCUCUUUCUUUUGCUGUUUCAUUACAAGGGGAGACAUCUGAAGCCAUCUGACUGGUGGAGAUGGGAAGAGAAAUGUUUGCCUUUUUUUUUUCUCCCUCAGAACUUACUACAGUGUUUGCUGCUUCUCGUAACUGUUCAAAGCAGUAGCGAUCUGGAGUGGAUAAGGGUAGUUGUCUAUUUAGUGUUGUAUGGUAGCUUGUGGGUAGCAGCCAGAGAUUUGUUAUUUUGUGUUGCUGUCAUUUGAGAAUUAUCAAGUAUGCGCAGACUGUAUGUAGACUUCAGAUGAAAGCAUUGUCUCAUUUUAUAUUUGACAGAUUUUAUUUACAAUCCUGGGAACAUUUUUUUUUUUUAACCCAAAAGUUAGAGUUUAUAAAUAUGGCAGACAUAACCCCUUCUUGCAGCCACUGAGAAAAGGCUGUUUAAUUAAUAUUUUCAAGCAACACAUUUUUACCAUUAAAUACUGAUUUUAUUCUGUAAACCAGAUUUUAAUUGUGUGCAGUUUGACAAUUGCCUUGAGUUCCCUGUUCUCUGGGGGAGAGGUUUAUGGUAUGAUCUCUUUCUGCAGUUUUUUUGUUAUCAUCAUGCUGAUCUAGAUCGUGUGUUUCCUGCUUGAAACAUGAAUAAGCUUGUUUUGAGAGGAUUUUUUUUAAACCUGAACUGGCAACCUAAAUCAAAUUAUUCUGUACUUCUUAUUAGUGAAAAUAGUUGCUUCCUCCAGGUAAGUAAGAACUCAUUUCAUGAGUUCUUUGGUUUUCUAUUCUCAAACUUAUAAGCAUGAUGAAAAUGUAUUUUUAUAACGUUUCAAAAGUAAUCGAAUCUGACUGUGGAAAAGAAAAAGUUAGGGUGGACAGACCUCAGUUGAAUUCAACUCUUGUGGGUAUAAUCUAUAGCUGUGUCUUUGUGCAUGUGUACACCCAUGUGUUAAGGGUCUAGGCUUUCUCAAGGUGAAGCAGAAGUAAUGAAGCCUUUUGGUGACAGUAUAAAGCUGUGGUAAGAGCUGGAGAGGUAAAAGCUCAGAGACAAGAGCAGGAGAGAGCCCACUUGUCAGAAACACUUGACUAUGCCAAUAAUGUGUUUCUUUUCUGUUGGAUAAUGUGUUUCAGUAAAGCAAGGACGUAUGACAAUUGUUCUGGAUAAGCAAGGCAUCAGUACAAAGUCUAGCCAAAGGAGGUUUUUAUGUUCUAUGAAUAUCAUGUUGCAUAAAGUUUCUUGCUGAAAAAUACAACUUAGAAAUGUUUGAAGAACAAAGUUUGUCAAGUUUACAUGCAUAUUUCUGUUGUACUUCGAUUUUUUGUGUGAUAUAGGAGCAUGAGCUGAAUGGCAGUAAAGUCAAGGUGUAAGAAGUACACAUAUACAGCAUUGUUGGAAUUCAUAUUCAAGUAUUGCACUGGUUGAGUUGUCUGAUAAGAUGUGUUUUGAAUAGGUAUAACAGACAUGACAAAAUAGAUAUGCUGUAGAUUUUGAAGGAUCCUGUAACAAAUAGGAGAGAUGACAUUUGGUUGAUAGUACAAUUUGGUUGCCAGGGAAAGAUUUUCUAUGAGAAAUAUAGGUUGACCCAGUUUUUACCAAGAAAACAAAUCUUGGAGGGACCAAAAAAAAUGUUUUCUAAGUUCUUGUGGGUCAGAAUUUAAUUAAUGGGUUGAGAAACUGAAAAGCAAUGACUCAGAAGAAAGCAUGGAUGUUAAGGGCUUGCAAUGAAUGCAGAAUUGUUUGGUGAGCAGCCUUAUUAUCUCUGGCUUACAUGGGCUGUACAGCCUCAGAUGAAAAGUCUUGCAUUCCCGUUUUUUGAAACUGAAAGUUGAGAGCUUAAGGUUUCAUUUUUGAUUUCCUUAAUAGAUUUGGCACUUCUUUUUUCCUGAAAAUGAGAGUACUUUUCAUUUUAGGAUUGUAAAGCUAUCUUUAAAUUUUGGUUUUGAACAUCCUGUCCAUAAUAUUUUUUCCCCACACCACAAACAGAGUAAAUAAUAAAAACAUUAAAAUUGUAAAGUAUUUAUAAAUGGAUAUGUGGCCUUUUUAUUCCUGGCUAAUGUUUAGGAGAGGAAAGGGAAUGGUUUUAAAUACCCUUGUCUGUCAUGUUUGUGGAAAGAAUUAAUUCAUUUUUUUCCUUUUGCAGUUCAUGAAAACCACCCAUUAUUUGAGGAGUAGAAGCAAUGUCUUGGAGAACUGUAUUUUCAAAAAGGCAAAACAAAGUACAUGAAAUUAUGUAUUUCACUGAGAGUGGAUGUAGGUAAACAGUGACCAGAUAACAGGGCUAUUUUAAAGAAAGGGGCUUGUGUGUAUCUGAGAAUACAAAAUCAAGGCUUGUCUUCUGAUUAUUUGUUUCUAGGUUUGUUUUUUUUUUUUUUUGUCCUGUCUGUCAGUGCAGAGACAGUUUCUUUUAAAAACAAUUAAAUAGAAAUCUGACUUUAAAAAGAUUUAGCUAGCAUAUGUGUGUCUUGGCAACAAAGAGAGUUUGAUUUUUAGGGGUGAUGAAAAUCUCUGACCAAAAUGCUUGGUUAUUUAUAAAAAUGAGUUCUAGAAAACAUUUAAUUUCUCAACAGCCAUUAUGAAAUAGUGGUGUUCCUGAUGCCUAUCAAUCUCUGCUCUUUGCUAAGGUUUGGUACAGCAUUUGAUGUGCACAGCUCACCGUUCCUUGGAUCUCUUCCAUCGAUCUUCCCCAUUUGGAGCUCCCUGAACAUCUUGAGUUUCUCUGAGGUUCCUGAUGUCAUCAGCAGCAUAAGACAAGUCUCUAAAGCAGCACUGAAAGAAGAUGCCAAACCAAGUAAGGAUAGUGAAGAUGCCUUCUAUGACUCCCAAAAAUUUGAGGUCUUGUACUGUGGAAAGGUGACAGUGGCUCACAAGAAAGCUCCCUCCACACUCAUUGAUGACUGCAUAGAGCAAUUCAGCCUUCAUGAGCGCCAGCGCCUGAAACUGUUAAACGAGCAGCGGAAUAACGAGUCGAGUUUGGACUUGCCCCUGUGUGAAGAAAACGUGCCAGCUUCUCCUCUGGACAGCCCUUUUGAGGAGCUGGACAGCCCAAACAGCCCUUCAGGGCGUGCUGCAAUGUUUACAAUUGGCAGCCAGACCAACUUGACCAACCUGGCCAGCACUCGUGGCUUCUUUCCAGAGAGGAUUUUGGAGGACUCCGGCUUUGACGAGCAGCAGGAGUUCCGCUCCCGGUGCAGCAGUGUCACUGCAGUGAUGCAGAGAAAGGUUCAUGACACAAACCUGAAAAUACAGUCCCGCAGAAGACAUGCAAGUGCUCCCAGUCACGUUCAGCCCUCUGAUUCUGAGAAGAACAGGACAAUGUUGUUCCAGGUUGGAAGGUUUGAAGUUAACCUCAUCAGUCCAGAUACCAAAUCUGUUGUGUUUGAAAAGAAUUUUAAAGAUAUCUCCUCAUGUUCUCAGGGUAUAAAACAUGUCGAUCACUUUGGUUUUAUUUGCCGGGAGUCUGUGGAACCUGGGUUAAGCCAAUAUGUUUGCUAUGUGUUCCAGUGUGCAAGUGAGUCUCUGGUUGAUGAGGUAAUGCUGACCCUGAAGCAAGCCUUCAGCACUGCUGCAGCUCUGCAAAGUGCCAAGACGCAGAUUAAACUGUGUGAGGCCUGCCCUAUGCAUUCAUUGCACAAACUUUGUGAAAGAAUUGAAGGACUCUAUCCACCAAGAGCCAAACUUGUAAUUCAGAGACAUCUGUCAUCGCUAACUGACAAUGAGCAAGCAGACAUUUUUGAACGUGUUCAGAAAAUGAAGCCUGACAAUGACCAGGAAGAAAAUGAGCUUGUGAUCUUACAUCUCCGUCAGCUCUGUGAGACUAAGCAGAAAACGCACAUCCACAUUGGUGAAGCACCGUCGGUCAUUUCUAACAGUGCAAUUCCAGAAAGCACCACCAGUGGUGGCCGGUUUAAACUUGACAUUCUGAAAAACAAGGCAAAGAAAUCCUUGACUAGCUCUCUGGAAAAUAUCUUCUCAAGGGGAGCCAACAGAAUGCGAGGCCGCCUGGGAAGCGUGGACAGCUUUGAGCGCUGCAGCAGCCUGGUUUCUGACAGAGACACUUCUCCGGGCGAUUCCCCGCCAGCUACUCCUCCGGCGUCCCCCGUGUCCUCGGCCUGGCAGACGUUUCCCGAGGAAGGCUCGGACUCCCCUCAGUUCAGGAGGCGUGCUCACACCUUCAGCCACCCGCCCUCCAGUGCCAGGCGCAGGAUCACCUUCCAGAACGGCAGGUCCCAGAGCGCCCGCUCCCCGCUGCUGCGGCAGAACUGCGUGGAGGCGACCAGUCCUGUGGUCGGGGUUCGGCGCGCUCUCAGUGAGAGUGAAUCUGCUUCACCUGGUCUCCCCUCCUCUCUCUCUGCCCCUUCUUUCCUGAAAACCUUUUACCAGGGCUCAGGAAGGUUGCUCCAGCAUUCAGAAAGUGACCUUUCCAAGAGUGAUGGGGAGGGAAAGAAAAGAACAUCAGCCUGCAGCAGUGAAUCUCUAAAUGCUGCGGGGGCCACGCUCACACCUCGCCGCAUCUCCUGGCGGCGGAGAAUAUUCCUGCAGGUAGCUUCACCUAUGAAUAAAUCUCCUUCCAAGAUGCAGCAUCCAGAUGGUCAUGAUGGAAGUGAAUUGUUACCCUUAUCCCUUCUUGCUCCACCCCUGGAGGAGGAUCCUCUUGUUCUAGUACUGCAAAAUGAGGAUGGUCCAGAUAAAACUGGGGAGAGGAGAAACUCAGAAGAACUACAAAGUCUGUGGAAAAAAGCCAUCCAUCAACAAAUUCUGUUACUUCGAAUGGAAAAAGAAAACCAGAAGCUGGAAGCAAGCAGAGAUGAGCUCCAAUCAAGAAAAGUAAAACUGGAUUAUGAUGAAGUUGGUACAUGUCAGAAAGAUGCCAUAAAUAUUUGGGAUAAGAAGUUACUAAACUGCAGAGCCAAAAUCCGAUGUGACAUGGAAGACAUUCAUUCCACUUUAAAAGAAGGUGUACCAAAAAGUCGUCGGGGAGAAAUUUGGCAGUUUUUGGCUGUGCAGCACCGAGUCAGGCACAGGCUGCCAAACAAGCAGCAGCCUCCUGACAUCUCUUACAAAGAACUUCUGAAACAGCUGACAGCUCAACAGCAUGCCAUCCUCGUAGAUCUAGGACGGACAUUCCCUACACAUCCUUACUUUUCCACUCACCUGGGAGCAGGACAGCUGUCACUGUUUAAUCUCUUGAAAGCAUACUCUUUGCUGGACAAAGAAGUGGGUUAUUGUCAAGGUAUAAGUUUUGUAGCUGGAGUGCUGCUUCUACAUAUGAGUGAAGAACAGGCCUUUGAAAUGCUGAAAUUCCUCAUGUACGACCUUGGCUUCCGUAAACAGUACAGGCCAGACAUGAUGUCGCUACAGAUUCAGAUGUAUCAGCUCUCAAGGCUUCUACAUGAUUACCACAGAGACCUGUAUAAUCAUCUUGAAGAGAAUGAAAUCAGUCCCAGUCUUUAUGCUGCACCAUGGUUUCUUACACUGUUUGCAUCUCAGUUUUCACUAGGAUUUGUAGCCAGAGUGUUUGACAUUAUUUUUCUUCAAGGAACAGAAGUCAUAUUUAAAGUAGCACUGAGCCUACUUAGCAGUCAAGAGACAUCUAUAAUGGGAUGUGAGAGUUUUGAGAACAUUGUUGAUUUUCUUAAAACCACUAUUCCAGAUAUGACAAAACCUCAAAUGGAAAAAAUUAUUACUCAGGUGUUUGAGAUGGAUAUCUCAAAACAGCUCCAUGCCUAUGAAGUAGAGUACCAUGUUCUUCAGGAUGAACUACAGGAAAAUGUGAGUCCCUGUGAUGAAGGUGAACCUCUGGAGAAGCUGGAGAGGGCAAACAACCAGCUGAAGAGGCAAAACAUGGAUUUGUUGGAGAAGCUACAGGUUGCUCACGCUAAAAUUCAAAGUCUGGAAGCCAACCUGGAAAGUGUUUUGACACGAGAGAACAAAAUGAAGACUGUAAUUCAGUCUCUGGAACAGGAGAAGAUAACAUAUCAAAAGACUCUUGAGCAGAUUGUGAAGUAUUUGCCAGCAGAAGUGUUGUCUGACUGUGAACUGCUCCUGAAGGAAGUAAACUACAACCCAAAUAAUAAAAUAUGGAGUAAGCCAUAAACCAGGGUUUUCUAGGCAGCAUUUCUUCAAAAACAAAAAGGGAAUGAAAAAAUGAGUAUGCUGCUUUCAAUAGCUACUUAGCAAUAGGCAAUGGUAUUACCCAAAAAUAGUGCUGGGACACUCAUAGCUACAGAUGGGCCUUCAAGUGUCAGUAUGCAAAUUCAGGCUAUUAAUUUUUUUAUGAUUAUGUAAAUAAAUCACAAGGGGGAAGUAAAGGAUUCUCACAUGUAAUUAUGAUGAGUAGAUGUAUAUUUAGAGUUGACCUAAAGGAAAGGAGAAAUUGGAGUAGAGAAAGAGAAUGGUGAUCUGCAAAUUCACUCUGGAUGUGUGCUUGUCUUGUAGUGAAAUGAGGAUAGUGUGUCUUUAUAUAUAUGUAUAUUGAAUAUGUUGAAUAAUACUUGAAGAAAAAAAAAAGGAGAAUGUAAUUUUCCCUCCAAAGAGCAGCAUGUUUCACGUCUUCUGUGGAAAAUCUGUGUGAACUCAUGCGUGCCUCUCUUUUAAUUCUACUGACAUUGUGAGCACAGACCGAUAAGGAGACAAAGUAUCAUGACAUGGUUUGCACAGAAGGAGCUGUAGUGCCAUCCACUGUCUGGGCUGUACCAGUCAGCAGUGUAAUUCCACAUGCAUGUUGGAACUGGAAACAAAAAAAGCAUCACAUCAUAGCUGUGCCUCCAUAACCCAGAGCUGAGGAAUCGGUGUCUGCACGCACUCACAGAGCUGGCAAAGGCAAGAGCUAGCAGUGACCGCCCCUUCCUUCCUGGCCUCUUUGCUUCCACCUGUCCUGGGGUUGGUCGUGAUGAGGAGAGGAAGGAAGCACAACAGCGGGAUGGGAUUUAUCCUGAUAAUUAAUUUUCCACUGGAGACUUGCCUGUUGUAAGAGUUACAUGUGUCAUGGGUUCUCAUUAAACCAAAGAAAUGCUGCAAGAAGUCUUGUCUAAUUGUAUUGGGAUGCAGAAACCUGUUUUAAAUUUCAUUUGAGAAGAAAAUUGAGGUAGGUUGCAGGAAGUUAAGUGUGAGUGCACAGGAGAGGACCAAGCAAGUCUCAGAUAUUAUGUACCUUUCAGUUUUCACAUAUACAGUGGCUAUACAUUUCAAAGGGGAUCCUGAAGUACAGGCACAAUUUUAAUAACACUUUCCAGGCUAUUCCUGUUUUAAUACUGCUUUGUGGUCUUCUUUUUAAAACAAAAGUCAUGAAUUUUUGUGUUCUGAACAGAAGGUGGGAUAAACUCUGAUCAUUUCAAGUGAGAAAUUAUGUUUUUAGAGGUAUAAAAAGUUGUAUAUAGAUUUGAAUAUGUUUUUUAGUGGAAUUUUUGAGAAGGCUUAGACGAAUGUGUAAUAGAUGAGUAUCUUGAAGUGCAUGUCUGAACCCUUAAUUGCGUUUUACAGUGGCUCAUGUUAUCUCUUUCCAUUUUUACUGUAUUUCAGGAAAGACUCUUUCUAGUAAGAAAACCAAUUAAGCGAAGUGCCAAAUACAGCAGUGUUUUUUCGCAUAAGAUUGUCCAAUUUAGAAAGCAAGGACUGAAUAUCACUGCAUUCUAAGUAUUAUUCUUUAUGCUACCAUAAAAGUGAUGAACAACAACGUUUAUUUGCUUCACACUGCUGUGGAAUUCAUGGGGCUUUGGCUCUCCUGGGUUUUUUGUUGUUGUUUUUUUACUUCCAUGAUGUUUUAGUUGAUUAAAGAUACUGAUUUACUUAACAGUCUCUCUUUUUAUAUUUGGGGUGAAAGGUCUUAGCACGGUGUAUAAAUUAUGUGAAAUCUGUCUAGAUAUUUCAAGAAUGUUGUAUUGUACUAGAUGGGGAAAUGCCAAAUGAAAAAGCAGUUCUUUGCAGUUUUGUUCAGAGUGAGUUUUAGCUGAUGUGUACAUAAAAAACUAAUCCCAGGAACUGCAGCAGCAUAUAUUACAAAGAACCAAGAUUAUUCAGAUACAUCUUUUUUUUAAAGAUGCACUGAAUGAGCUUUAUCCUCCGUUUCACUUUAAAAUUUUUCAUGUAAUGCCUAGAGAAAUUCCAAUAAAUGUCAUUGCUGCAUUUCCCAUA